AUGUUGCCCGCCGCGCUGCUGUUGAUGCUGCCCGGACUUGGUGGCGUCUCAUUCGCAUCCCCGGUGCGACGAGAUGGCCGGGUUCCCAAGACGUAUCGCCCGGGCAAAGGCAACAGCAGCAGCAGCAGCAGCAGCAACUUCAACCGGCGGCUGUCGUUUAACCGCGAUGGAACGUUUCAGAUAUCCAUAUUUGAAGACUUGCACUUUGGAGAAAGUAAACUGGGCGCCUCGCUCUUCUCUCACGCUCACACUCCUUCCAUCCUCGCAAGAAAACCACGGCUGACGUGCCUCACAGACGCAUGGGAUCAAUGGGGCCCGCAGCAGGACAUCAACUCCCUCAAGGUCAUGGACGCCGUCCUGGACAGCGAGAAGCCCGACCUGAUGGUGCUCAACGGCGACCUCAUCACGGGGGAAAACACGUACCGCGAGAACAGCACGGCCUACAUGGACCGGAUCGCCGGGCCGCUCGUGUCGCGCGGUCUGCCCUGGGCGUCGACGUACGGCAACCACGACCACAACUUCAACAUCUCGGGCGCGGGCCUGCUGGCGCGCGAGAACAGGUGGCCCAACUCGCUGACGAGGAGCAUGGUGGCCGGGCGCAACGCCGGCGUGACAAACUACUACCUGGCCGUGUACGGGGCCGACUGCGACGGCGGCGGGGACGAGGGGGACGAGGGGGACGAGGAGGACGAGGAGGACGAGGAGUGCGCGCCCGAGCUGCUGCUCUGGUUCUUCGACUCCCGCGGCGGCUUCUACUUUGGCGAGCGCAACGCCGACGGGAGCCACGUCGGACAGCCGGACUGGGUCGACGCCAGCGUGGUGCGGUGGUUCGAGGCGACGGGGGCGCGGCUGCGGCGGCGCUUCAACAGGGUGAUGCCGUCGCUGGCCUUUGUGCACAUCCCGACCAACGCGUCGCUGGCGCUGCAGACGGAGCACGUCGACGCGCACCGCCAGCCCGGCGUCAACGACGACGUCCCGCUGGCGCGGCAAGCCCAGGGCUGGUGCGGCGACGGCUCCAACCGCAAGGACUGCUCGUAUGGCGGCCAGGACGUGCCGUUUAUGCAGGCCGUCGCCGCCACGCCGGGCCUCAUCGGCGUCUUCUCGGGCCACGACCACGGCGCGACGUGGUGCUCCAGAUGGGACGGCCUGGUCCCCGGCAUGAGCGUCGCCGGCACCGGCGUCAACCUCUGCUUCGGGCAGCACUCGGGCUACGGCGGCUACGGCAACUGGAUCCGGGGCGCGAGGCAGCUUCGCCUGUCGGCCGACGUGCUGCGGCGGCGGCGGUGGGAGGCCGAAACCUGGAUCCGCACCGAGACGGGCGGCGUCGUCGGCAGCGUCAGUCUGAAUGCCACCUACGGACGGGACCGGUACCCUGCCACGCCCAACGACAAGACGUACUGUCCCACGUGCAACUAUACCAUCGUGACGCCGGGUCCGACCAGAAGCUGA